AUGGGUACUUUGGCUGUGCCAGAAUUCAAAGUGAUUCUCUGCGGCGAGUACGGCGUCGGCAAGACAUCAACGUUCAGACGAUUUCUCAAUGACUCCUUCGUGGACACGUCCAAAAUGUCACUUACACAAACACGCCAAACAACUCUAGGCUUAGAUCAGUACAGCAGAAGUUUUGAAGUGAACGGAAGUGGCAGCUUUCGGGAAAUUAAAAUUCAGCUGUGGGACACUGGCGGGCUAGAGCGAGUGGCCAGCAUCACCAACUCCUACUACAAGUUCUCUGAAGCAGCACUGCUGGUCUUCAGCCUAGCGUCGUUAGAGUCCUUUCACAGUCUUUCCCACCACCUGCUGGAAAUUCUGAGCAUGGCAGAGAAUGCCAAGAUCUUCCUAGUGGGCAACAAAGUCGACCUGAAGCAGCAGAGAGAGGUGUCAGACGAAGACAUUGACCUCUUCAUGGAGCAGUUUCCCAAAUUCAGUGGCUUCUUCAAAGUCAGCGCUAAAACAAAUGAAGGCAUCGUCGAAAUGUGGUCUGACAUCAGCGAAAAGCUGGCCGUCGGAAGCUACAAAGCCAAUAUUGGAGCUUUCAAACUUCACUCACCUGAGCUCAAUGUAGGCGAGGAACCGGAAAGCAGUUCCAGCGGUUGUUGUUAA